AUGAAUGAGGAUAAGGCUUUAGAACAGCAGGAUGGGGAAGACACGGCUAGCACUGUCGAAGCCGCACCUGUCUACUCUAUCUACACGCAGAAAGAAAAGUACGCCAUAACGCUUCUAGUUUCUUUGAUUGGCAUUUUUUCCACGCUAUCAUCACCGAUUUAUUUGCCUGUCCUGCCGACACUUGAGAGGAAAUUUGGUGUUGGUGAGAAACAGAUGAAUGUUUCGGUUGUGUUGUACUCGGUCUUCCAGGGGAUUGCGCCUUCUCUCAUGUCGAAUCUUGCAGAUAGGUACGGGAGACGUAUAACAUUUGCGCUGUGUUUGAUUCUUUAUAUUGGGGCUGAUAUUGGGCUAGCUUUGAACAAUUCCUUUGCCGGGUUGCUAGUUUUGCGGUGCGUUCAAGCAGCUGGGGUAGCUUCUACUAUAUCAGUUUCCUCCGGGGUGGUUGCUGACAUUACCGAGAGAGAAAAUAGAGGUGGCUUCGUGGGAAUAAACCAGGGAAUUCAGCUUAUUGGUCAAGCGUUUGGAGGUCUUUUGGGAGGUUUGCUGGACACUGGGUUUGGAUGGAGAGGUAUUUUCUGGUUCCUCACGAUUGCUGCUGGGGCUGUGUGGCUGAUCACUCAUGUACUUGUUCCCGAAACAAAUCGAGCCAUUGUAGGAAACGGCUCCAAUGCUCCAAAGCAGUUCAGGUGGAUUUCCUACGCACCGAUUCUGUUUCUGCCCACAUUCAAGAAGAGAUUGGCAAAUCCAGAGCCCAGCACAAUCGUACCUAGAAGACUUCUCAACCCGUUGGAUUCCUUAUUGAUCCUCAAAAAUCCCACAAUUAUGCUUGUUAUGUUACCAGUCUCGGUUCUGAGCACAUGCUGGAUCAUGAUGUUGACAACAUUGUCCCUCUCACUAAACCAAUACUAUAAUUAUACGACUCUCCAGGUUGGUCUCUGCUAUCUUCCGAGUGGAGUGGGAGGAGUUUGUGGAUCUGUAACUGCUGGAAGAUUUGCCGACUGGAACUAUAGGCGCCUCUACAGAAAAUACACGGUUAGAUCUCAAGACCCAGAUGAACAGAAAGCCCCUUUCGACGCAUUGUUAGCCAGAGUUCAAGUGGUCAUGGGUCCGGCCAUGCUAACACCAUUUUUCUUGAUCAUGUUUGGCUGGUGCAUAGAUAAAGUCGUGCAUGUGGCAACUGUAUGCGUCUCAUCGUUUUUCACAAGCUUCUUUGGAAUCAUGUCUAUUGGUACCUCUAUGACUAUCCUUAUAGAUCUGUUCCCGAAUAGAGCUUCUGCGGCAGCUGCCUGCUUGAAUCUUUGUCGGUGCUUGCUUUCUGCACUCGGCAUUGGAGUUCUGGCAUAUAUGACUGAUAGUAUGACUGUGGGAGGAUGUUAUUCCUUGUUGGCCGGAGUGGCGUUGCUGUCUUCAUUAACUUAUUUCUACAUUCUUGCCAACACUAGACGUCUGACCGCGGCUACACAUUAG